AGAGGCGAGAAAGUGAGGGAAAAGAAGUGGAAAGUCAGGUAAAGAGAAAAAGGAAGAAAGGAAAGGAAAGGAAAACCCAAUAGUCGGCGCCAUCCGCCGACCAAUCAUCACGUCGCUUUCUCUCCACUUUCUAGCCAACCAAACAGUGCCUUAAUUACCUCCGUUCUCUCUCUCUCUCUCGCCCUCGGUUUGCGAUAAAUCCCUAGAUCUUGUUUGGUUCUGGGGUUUUCUUCUUUUUUUUUUGUUGUUCAUCGCCGCGGGUUCUACUUAUUUUUUUUUUUACUGGGAUAAGUUUAAACUGGUGGUUCUUCCGUAGUUUUUUUCAUCUAAGCGGAAGAUACCUGGGUGUAGUUUCUAGCUCGUAGUUCUUUUAGGCGAAAUUUUCUUCUGAAAGAUUUCCGCUUUUUCUACCUGGAAAAUCUUCGGAUUUGGUUAUAGAUUUUGAUUUUAAGUCAUGAAGAGCUCUGUGGCCGAGCAAUCCACUGCUGAGAAAAUCCAGAACGGUGACAAAGAGAAGAAGAAGAAGCGCCGAUCAAGUCGCCGAUCCAAACACAACUCAGUUGGUUGUGGGACUGAAGAAGUCCAUAACAAUGAAGCGUCGGAUGGUAGAAAUGGCAGCAAAGCGAAAAACGGCAAUCCUUCACCGAGUUGUUCUUCAUCGAAUCAGCAGGGAUUGGACAUACGUACUUCUGAUGAACUUGGAGAAAUGAGAGCGUGUAGUGUUGCUUUCAAUUCAAUGCCUUCUAUGCAUCUAAACGGGCAAGCAGAAAACGGUGAUCCAGUAAGCUUUGAGAGCCAGCAGGUUCCUUCUGUCGAUAUUUGUAAAAGCAUGUUGUCCAAGUCGUGCCCUGAACCUCGGGAUUGUGAACAGUCAUCUAGGAUGAACGGUGAUUUGUUCCAGCAAAUUGAUGAUACCUCGGAGCGUAAGAUUUUCUCAUCAUACUGGUGUGUGGAUGCUGUGAAUGAAGCUUUGGAGAAGGGUGAAGCUUUUAAGGCUUUGUUCCGGGUGAACGCUCAUAACCGUAAUGAGGCUUACUGUAAGAUCGAUGGUGUCCCAACAGAUAUUCUAGUUAAUGGUAUUGUUGCGCAGAACAGAGCAGUUGAAGGUGAUGUGGUCAUUAUGAAGUUAGAUCCUUUCUCAAUGUGGCCCAAGAUGAAAGGAUUUGUUCGUGAGAAUACUGCUAAGUCAGAAGAAAGCAACAACACUCUGUCGAGAAAUGAAUAUAUUGCACCAGUUUAUGGAAAAGGAAUUGAGGUCUGUGUUAGUCAGUGUGAGAUCACUUCAUUAGAUUCCUCAAGCAGACAGACAGAAUUUUUUACUGCUGUCGAGAAGCUACGUGCCACUGUUCUAUCCUUCCCCUCCAAACGACCAACUGGGCAAGUUGUUGCUGUUGCUGAAAAGUCGCUUCGUAGGGAUUCUAUUGUUGGUUUUCUGAAUGUCAAGCAAUGGAUUCAUUAUAGACAAGGUGAUGCAAAGAAGAAUGAGGAGCUGUUGUCUCUUUGUGAUAAUGAAUAUCUCCAGUUGAUGCCUGCGGAUCCCAAAUUUCCUAAAUUGAUUGUUCCCUUUCGAGACUUGCCUGGAAGCAUUAGAAGAAGAUUGGAGAGUAGUGAUGCAACUAUUGAGGCAGAGCUGGUCGCUGCCCAAAUUGUGGAUUGGGCGGAAGGAUGUCCAUAUCCCCAGGCUUAUGUUACACAUGUUUUUGGCCGAGGUGGUGAGUUGGAGCCCCAGAUAAAAGCAAUAUUACAUCAAAACUCGGUUUGCCAUUCUGACUUUUCUCCUGAUUCGCUUGGUUGCCUCCCACAUCUUCCUUGGGAAGUACCUGAGGAAGAGGUCCAACGUAGAAAAGACCUCAGAAACUUGUGUGUAUUCACCAUUGACCCCUCAACAGCUACUGAUCUUGACGAUGCUCUGUCAGUUGAAAGUUUAUCUGGUGGUGUUUUCAGAGUCGGUGUCCACAUCGCUGAUGUGUCUUACUUUGCUUUGCCAGACACUGCUCUUGACACUGAAGCCCAACUUAGAUCGACUAGUGUCUAUAUGCUGCAGAGAAAAUUACCAAUGCUACCCCCGGUUUUAUCAGAAAACAUAGGUUCACUUAAGCCAGGAGCUGAUAGACUCGCUUUCUCUAUCUUCUGGGACUUAAAUGUAGAUGGGGAUGUAAUAGACCGCUGGAUUGGCCGUACUGUUAUUCGAUCUUGUUGCAAGCUCUCGUAUGACCAUGCUCAGGGCAUUAUAGAUGGGUUGUUUAGGAGUGAUGUCCCGCCAAAUGGGUGGCCUGUGCUGCACGGACCUUUCAACUGGAGUGAUGUUAUUCGAUCUGUCAGAAGCCUUAGUGAGAUUUCAACUGUUCUACGGCAAAAAAGGUUUAGGAAUGGGGCUCUGCAGCUCGAGAAUUCCAAACCGGCUUUCCUUUUUGAUGAAUCUGGAACUCCGUAUGAUUUUGUGGUGUGUGGUAGGCAGGGCUCAAAUUUUCUCGUUGAGGAGUUUAUGCUGUUAGCAAAUACGACAGCUGCUGAAAUAAUUUCUCGGGCGUACCCUAAUAGCGCGUUGCUGAGGAGGCAUCCUGAACCCAAUAUGCGUAAACUCAAAGAAUUUGAAGCCUUUUGUUCCAAGCAUGGUCUGGAAUUGGACAUUUCUUCUUCUGGUCGAUUCCAUGAGUCCCUGGAAAAAAUCAGGGAGAAGCUCAAGGAUGACUCGGCUCUUGUAGAUAUCUUUAUCAAUUAUGCUACAAGACCGAUGCAGUUGGCAACCUAUUUCUGCAGCGGCGAAUUGAGGGAAGAUAAUGUUACUGAGAGGGGACACUAUGCACUUGCUGUGCCUCUCUACACUCACUUCACAUCACCUCUGAGACGAUAUCCCGACAUAGUGGUGCAUCGUACGGUAGCUGCUGCUCUUGAGGCUGAAGAAUUUUUCUCAAGGCACAGUAAAACAUCAGGGAGAAGAUGCUUUACUGGCAUCCAUUUUGAUAAUGAUGCUGCAGAAUCUAUGGAAGGAAAGGAAGCUUUAUCGAUUGCUGCUUUGAAGCACGGUGUUCCGUGCAGUGAAAUGCUAGCUGAUGUUGCCGGGUAUUGCAAUGAAAGGAAGCUGGCUUGUCGUAAUGUCAGAGAUGCAUGUGAUAAGCUUUACAUGUGGUUUCUGCUUAAGAAGAAGAGGAUUAUCCUGUCAGAAGCAAGAGUUGUGGGCUUGGGACCAAGAUUUAUGUCUAUUUACAUUAGCAAGCUUGGUAUUGAACGUAGAAUUUACUAUGAUGAAGUUGACCUAUUGACCACGGAAUGGCUGGAGGGAACGUCCACGUUAAUCCUCAGCAUGCUCAAAACCAGGAGAGGUGGAAGAGGUAAUAACAAGUUGUUGAAGGAAGUUGCUCAUGUGUUGAGCCCUUAUGACCUGUAUGGCAGUGAAACCGACGAGUCAAAAGACGAAAUUGUCCCUGCGGUUUUCCCUCUGACUGUUCGUCUUCUCGCAACCGUUCCCGUGGCCCUUCACGCAGUCGGUGGAGACGACGGUCCAAUCGAUAUAGGAGUUAGGCUCUACAUGAGUACAUAUCACAGUACAUGAUGAAAACAAGCAACUGGUGUGUAUAGCUCUCAGAUUAACAGUUGCUGGAGAGAAGAAAAGAGAGAGAAAUCUGAGACAGGUGCCGGGACUUGGCCAUUUUUAUAUUUUUUUCAUUCGGCUGAUCCCUGUUUUGUGUUGCCAAUGGAUUGCUGUGCCCAAUAUGUUUUAGGAAUUGGGUCAUCAAAAGCUUCUGUCUUUUGUUUUGUUCUUGGGACAUAUCCACUGUCACAUUCAGGUAACAUGGCAUUUUCUGUUGUAAAAACAGCAAGAAUGGAUCUCUUUCUCUCUUUUUUUUUUUUAUUACAUGUGUUCCCAUGGAGCAGGGAAGAGAUCAAGAGACAACACACGGUUACAUGUGUGUGUGUUUUUUGGGUUUU